GAGAAUGCACUGGCAAGGCUCUCACUUGCACUGCCCAGCUCAGUGCAUUCUCUAUCUCUCUUCGACUCGGGAGCACAAUCUGAAGCCCCUGCGCCCUGAUUUAGGCCUUGGUACUCUGGGAAACUUCCAAAUAGAGAAGAAGAUUGGCCGUGGACAAUUUAGCGAAGUGUAUCGAGCAGCAUGCCUCCUAGAUGGGAUGCCUGUAGCUUUGAAGAAAGUGCAGAUAUUUGAAAUGAUGGAUGCCAAAGCUCGUCAAGAUUGCAUCAAAGAAAUAGAUCUCUUAAAGCAACUGAACCAUGCAAAUGUAAUCAAAUAUCUUGCAUCAUUCAUUGAAGACAAUGAGCUAAACAUUGUAUUGGAACUGGCAGAUGCUGGAGAUCUUUCUAGAAUGAUAAAGCAUUUUAAGAAACAGAAGCGGCUGAUUCCAGAGAGAACAAUAUGGAAGUAUUUUGUGCAACUCUGCAGUGCAUUGGAACACAUGCAUUCUCGGCGUGUCAUGCACAGAGGUAACUUCAAU